AUGCCGGCAAGUACCAUUGAAGCGCAGCCUCGUGGGAGUGCAGACUUCGUCGAAAGCUCGGUUCUGGAAGCGGUUGUACCUGCUAGUCUUGAUAUCGACUUCAAAGACGCGCUCAGCUCCUGGGAUGGGGCAGUGGACCAGGAGAGUGGCUCCAUAUUACCAUUCCUGCCGCAGAGACAUGUACUUCUACUUGUAUACGUUGUGUUUCGCACGCCCUUGCUAGAAGAAGACAUUCUCCGAUCCUAUCUUACCAGAUUGCUGGUGCAUGUGGAAGCAUAUGCUUUUAGUACUGGGCCACCACAGGACCAAGAACCCAGGUCUGCACCCCCAAAGGAACUCAUUCAUUCAAGCACUUUAACAAGCGCGAGUGAACCCCAAGUCCUCCGCCAUGGAGAAGGGGACCGCGCCUAUACUUAUGCAAUCUGGAAAGUGGAUGUAUUCAUAUCCCGGCCCCAAGGCAGAUUCCAUAAGCCAGCUAUUUACUUUCAGCCUACAGCCACUUUCAAACCUGCCGAAAAGAUUGAACAGGAUUCUACGGAGAAUGAGUAUUUGCCAAGCCGAGUUCCUGCGGCAUUGAACCUGCUUCAAGCUUUCGAAAAUGAUCCAGCCUUGGAUGGUGUACAGCCUCAUCUAUCAGCGAUGCGUAUUAGCAAGAUCACUCCGAACGCCCCAGUUGCGAAAGAGAUGGUUCGUCCGAUACGCAGCGGCCAAAGGCUUCUGUAUCGAGUAUUACCAGCACUCGUUUGGCGAAUAAGGUACUCGCGGGUCCCAGCGUCAGUGAGCGACAUGUCCCUGCUCGCAUCUGUGGAUCUGGAGGUUGCCCAAUUUGCGACUCAUGAUGUGAGGAUCAAGGACGUACGCCUCAAGCUGAAUGGCGGCGAGGUCGAGACGAUAGCUGGUUCCACAGAUGCGACUAUAAUCCACAAACCGGGAGAUCAAAUGACUUACACCUACAAGAUCAAGCCCGACAUUGGUCCCGAUGGCACCCCAUCACUUGGAAGCAAAGGGCACUUCUUGGCCUUGAGCAUCAGUGCUAUCGUUUAUAUAACAGGUGCUUGUAACCCAGCUAUAUCCAUCGAGUGGAAAACGCCUGUCGACUUUGUCAAUGAAAAGAAUGCAAGCGCUAUCAAGACUGCUCAUCGGCUGAGCAAGCACGCACCGCAAGACCCAAAAGCUACGAACCCCGAUGCGUUGCCUGCUCACGGCAUGCAAUCGCAACAGGAGCUGGAUGCUCAGAGUAAGCUCAUAAAUAUCACUCUUACGAUCUCCGGACCGCCGCAAGUACGAGUCGGCGAGAUAUUCACUUGGGAUGUCUUCAUCAUCAAUCGUUCAGACAAGACACGGAAACUAGCGAUACUGUCCGUUGCAAAAAGGAAGAGAGACUAUGAGGGACGCCCAACAUCAUCAAAGGGAGAUGGACAUGAGGCAGAUACGGGAGAAAUCCUCACACCUGCUGUAAUUGACGAGAACGUCGUGUAUGCAAAGCAAAAAAGUUUGAAGAAGGAGACAGCUGAGCUGGUCUGCUUGACGACGGAUAUCCGAUUAGGGUCUUUGUCGCCGGGCUCGUGUUAUACCGCCAGUUUGAAGUUCCUUGCACUCUCUGCCGGUGUGUUAUCUGUGGAGUCUAUCCGGGUGAUCGACCUCGCAACGAAUGAGACCGCAGAUAUCCGUGAACUCCCAACAUGCUGUGCAUUGCGAACCAUGAAUAGUUACGGCGUUGCAGAAGGCACAAGAGCCGGUGAUGUGAUUAUUCUGUACAGGAAAUCUGGUAUUUGCUGGAUAGGUCCAGCUGUGGCGCUUGAUAUCGCGAUUACACACGGACCUCUGUACUACGACGUUUCGCGGACGUCAUCGCGAUCAUCGAGCUCCGCUGACCCUCUGUCAACACACGACACAAUGAACAGCUCCAGACAGAGGUUGUUGUACCAACUCAACAGUCGUUGGAUAUAUGGCAAGAUUCCCCUCCUGCACGCCGCUGUCUUCCUCAUUCAGAUGGCUGCCGUAUCGCUGCUUGUGCGCAAGUACAAUCAUUACUAUGCGCAACGACCAGUGCUCACGACGAUGAUUACCAACGCCGUACUAGGUGGCAUCGCGGACACAGUCGCUCAAACACUGACCGCUAUCCGGAUGCGCGCAGUUCGCAAGGGAGACAAGGACGACUUCCUGGCAAUCGAGAUUCACGACCUGGACCGAAGAAACCCCUUCAACCACAACGACCUGAUUCCUGAUUCGAAGAAGUUGCCGCCGCCAUUUGAUUUUGAGCGCACCACAAGAUUCAUGUCGUACGGUUUCCUCAUGUCUCCCAUCCAACACCGAUGGUUUAAGUUUCUAUCUUCGACUUUUCCUGUCACAAAGUCUGCGACAUGGCUACCUGCUUUGAAGCGCGUGGCUUUCGAUCAGUUCCUGUUCGCACCAGCUGGUCUCGCCUGCUUUUUUACAUUCAUGACAAUUGCUGAGGGUGGUGGAAAGCGUGCUGUGCAACGCAAGUUCCAGGACGUCUAUGUGCCAGCUCUGAAAGCCAACUUUGUGAUCUGGCCCACGGUGCAAAUCAUCAACUUCAGAAUCAUGCCAAUUCAAUACCAAAUUCCUUUUGUCUCCACAGUUGGUAUUGCUUGGACAGCAUACCUGUCGCUCACCAACUCUGCGGAAGAAGCUUAG